AAAGCAGCACGCCGCCGCGGCGUUUUACGACGUCCGCGGUGACAGGCCCCGGGAACAUCCGGCCUCCUCCGCCUCAGGGGCAAAAGCCAACGCUAUGUUCGGUGCCGGGGACGAGGACGACACUGACUUCCUCUCGCCGAGCGGCGGUGCCAGAUUGGCCUCUCUUUUUGGACUGGAUGAGGCAUCUGCUGGCCAUGGAAAUGAAUUCUUUCAGUACACAGCCCCAAAACAGCCUAAGAAAGGCCAGGGAACAACAGCAACAGAAAAUCAGGCUCCAAAACCAGCACCAACCACUCCAGGCACUUCCAUUGUGUUGGUUGCAACAGCAGUUCAUGCUUAUCGAUACACAAAUGGUCAAUAUGUAAAGCAGGGAAAAUUUGGUGCUGCAGUCCUGGGGAACCACAUAACCAGAGAGUAUAGGAUUCUUCUUUAUAUCAGUCAGCAACAGCCAGUUACUGUUGCUAGGAUCCAUCUGAACUUUGAGCUAACGGUUCGGCCCAAUAACUACAGCACCUUUUAUGAUGACCAGAGGCAAAACUGGUCCAUCAUGUUUGAGUCAGAGAAGGCUGCUGUGGAAUUCAAUAAACAGGUGUGCAUUGCUAAGUGCAACAGCACCUCCACCUUGGAAGCAGUGCUCUCUCAGGACCUCAUUGUGGCAGAGGGCUCUGCUGUAGAAGCAGGAGACUCUUUGGAAGUGGCCUAUACUGGUUGGCUCUUUCAAAAUCAUGUUCUGGGCCAGGUUUUUGACUCCACUGCUGUCAAAGAUAAAUUGCUUCGCCUGAAAUUAGGAUCAGGAAAAGUCAUCAAGGCCUGGGAGGAUGGAAUGCUGGGCAUGAAAAAAGGAGGAAAGCGGUUGCUCAUUGUCCCUGCUACCUGUGCGGCUGGCUCCGAAGGGGUAAUAGGCUGGACUCAAUCAGCAGACUCUGUCUUGGUGUUCGAGGUGGAGAUUAAGCGGGUGAAGUUUGCCAGAGAUUCUGGCUCUGACGGGCAUAGUGUUAGUUCGCGGGACUCUGCGGCCCCUUCUCCCACACCUGGUGUAGACAGCCACUCUGCGGAGCCUGUUGUGUCACCACCCACAUCAAUGCCUUUCAGAUCAGGGGAACUGGCUCUUCAUACCAAAUCUAACUCCCUGAGUGAACAGCUUACAAUAAACUCAAGUCCUGAUACAGUCAAAGCCAAAUUAAUCUCUCGGAUGGCUAAAAUGGGCCAGCCCAUGCUGCCCAUCCUUCCACCACAGCUGGAUUCCAACGACUCCGAAAUUGAAGAUUUGAACACUCUUCGAGGACCUGGGCAGCCCCUGGUGACACCACCCAUCCAGCCCUCUCUUCAGCCAGCCCAUCCCGUGUUACCACAGAUGACCUCACAGGCACUUCAGCCAUCUGUUUCUGGGCUUCAAGCUCCCUCUGCUGCCUUAGUGCAAGUUGCAUCUCUCGAUUCUCACUCGGCUGUAUCUGGAAAUGCCCAGUCCUUCCAGCCCUAUGCAGGUACACAAGCCUACGCGUAUCCCCAGACAGCCUCAGUCACCUCGCAGCUGCAGCCUGUUCGGCCUUUGUACCCAGCACCGCUCUCCCAGCCUCUCCAUUUACAAGGAUCGGGUGACAUGGCUUCAUUUCUCAUGACUGAAGCCAGGCAGCAUAAUACAGAAAUUCGAAUGGCAGUCAGCAAAGUGGCUGAUAAAAUGGAUCAUCUCAUGACUAAGGUUGAAGAGUUACAGAAGCAUAGUUCUGGCAAUUCCAUGCUUAUUCCUAGCAUGUCAGUUACAAUGGAAACAAGCCUGAUUAUGAGCAACAUCCAGCGAAUCAUUCAGGAAAAUGAAAGAUUGAAGCAGGAGAUCCUUGAGAAGAGUAGUCGGAUAGAAGAACAGAAUGACAAGAUUAGUGAACUAAUUGAACGGAAUCAGAGAUAUGUUGAGCAGAGUAACCUAAUGAUGGAGAAGAGGAAUAACUCACUUCAAACAGCCACAGAAAACACACAGGCAAGAGUAUUGCAUGCUGAGCAAGAGAAGGUAAACGGAAUUCUUGUCUCCUUUGGGAAGAAAACUCAAAAUCUCCCAACAGAUUCCAUAUAUUCAUCAUGCAUACCUCUGUUUUGUAAUAUGCUGUGCAAAUUCAAGUUCCUGGAGGGCAAAGUUAGUGUCUUACUCAUCUGUCUUGGGAAGGGCCACUGGAACACCACAUUGCCCCUUAAGUUCUGCAGCGAGUCUCUCUGCUCUUCUCUCCUAGAGCUUCAAGAAGCCUCUGCACAAACCCAGUCCAAAUUCAAAAAUGAAAAGCAGAGCCGGAAGCAGCUAGAACUCAAGCUGACAACUCUGGAGGAAGAACUGUCAGAUCUUCGGGCUGAGAAGGAGUCCCUGGAAAAGAACCUCUCAGAAAGGAAAAAGAAAUCAGCUCAAGAGCGCUGCCAGGCUGAGGAGGAGAUAGAUGAGAUCCGCAAGUCACACCAGGAGGAACUGGACAAACUUCGACAGCUCUUGAAAAAGGCUCGAGUGUCCACAGACCAAGCAGCUGCAGAGCAGCUGAGCCAAGUGCAGACUGAGCUACAGACCCACUGGGAAGCAAAGUGUGAGCAUCUUUUGGCCUCUGCCAAGGACAAGCACCUGCAGCAGUACCAGGAGGUGUGUGCGGAGAGGGAUGCCCACCAGCAGAAGCUGACAUAUCUUCAGGAAAAGUGUUUAGCCCUUCAAGCCCAAGUCACAUCCCUCAUAGAACAAAAUGAACAGCACAUCAAGGAGCUAGAGAAGAACAAAUCUCAGAGGUCUGGGGUCGAAGUGGCUGACCCCUCAGAGAAGGUCAAGAAGAUCAUGAACCAGGUGUUCCAGUCAUUACGGGGAGAGUUUGAGCUGGAGGAAUCCUACGAUGGCAGAACAAUUCUGGGGACCGUCAUGAGUACAAUCAAGAUGGUGACUUUGCAGCUGUUGAACCAGCAGGAACGAGAACAGGAAGAGAGCAGCAGUGAGGAAGAAGAGCAGCCUCAGAGACCAUCCCAGGAGCAGUCAGGCCCAGCCAUUCCUAGGCUGUCUCCACCCCUGGUUAAGGAGAGACAGGAGGCCCCAGUGGUGCCAAAGGAGCAGGUAGUUGAGGAGGCUGUCUCGUUGCCUCUGCAGGCACUCGCCACAUCCCAGGAUGAUGUACAGAGAAGGGAAGGGCCAUCCUCAGAAGCAGAGGCGCUCUCAGAGAUCGAAGAUGGUUCUCUCCCACCUGAAGCAGCUUGCAUUCCAGCCCACAGAUUUCUGGGGCUGCCAACUUCAAUUCCCCCUAAGCCUCCAGGUCCCGUAACUAUAGACUCUGAGUGUGAGGAGACACUUGCUGCCUCCCCAAUGGCAGCCAAGCCUGACAACCCACUGGGAAAGGUGCAUGUUGGAGAAACAGCCCCACAUGGCCCUCUACAGGAAUGCUCUGCGACAGUGUUACUGACUCCAGACCCAGAGAAGGGGGACCCACCAGCAUUGGAGCCUGAAAGCCCAGGAGAUAAGGAUGUCACUGGUCUGUGUGAAGCACUAUCAAGCACAGAGGCCAGUUCUGUAGCUACAGAGGCCACCUUCGGACCCAGCCACAACUCUCAGCAUUCCAGUUUUUCUGGAGACAAAGAGGAAGAACUGUUUCAAGGAGCAACUUUGAAACUUCCAAGGCCCAAAGCACAGCCUGAAGAGGAGGAUGAAGAUGAGGUGAGCAUGAAGGGACGCCCGCCCCCAACACCCCUUUUUGGAGAUGACGAUGAUGACGAUGACAUUAGCUGGCUGGGAUGAAGACCCAGGAAACUGGUGCACAGAUUUCUCUACCGGCCCUUCCCAAUAAGCAUGAUUUUGCACAGCCAGCCCUGGGUCUAGGCGAGCCACAGGGUGAGGUCAAGGUGAGCAGUUCAGAUACCUGAGUUAGCCUCUCAGGAGCCCCCACCUGGCCUGGUGAAGAAGAUCAUGACUCUGUCUUCACAGCUGGUAUUUGGGAGCAGCCCACUAUGGUCUUGCCUGCAAGGUCCAUGUGGAGGAAGGGCUGCAAGGUUCCUCUCCAGCUAGUCACCCACAAGAGUCCUGCCCUCUCCCAAGCUUUUUCUUCUCUUCAUUCACUCAGAAUGACCUGAGGGUCCUACUUCAUCUGUCAGCCCAGCUGUGCCCCAGCAGUAAGAUCUGUCACCAGGGUGUCUCAGUGGAGAAACAAGGGGAAACCACACCAUCUCCUUCCCUGUUCAGUCAGCAGCCUGGCUGCUCUCCUAGGAUAUGUAUCUUUUUUCUCUGCCUUAAGUCUUAUAUAAGAGUUCAAUGAGUAUUUGAAAUUAACAAAACUAAAAUAAAUGACUAAUGAAACUUGACUCGGCCCUUGGGGAAAAAUUGGUUCUAAGGGCUGUCGGUGCUUCUCUUUGGAAUCUAAGGGUGGGAGUUAUAAAUAGACCUGUUAAUGUGCACAAAAUUGUCAUGACCCCGUUCCCUCUGGUGCCUAAACCUUCCAAAGAAGGGUGCCACUAGCUAUCCCAGCUCCUCCCAGCUGCAUAAGGCUUAGGGACUCGUGGUUAUGAGGACUGGUCCUUAAACCACUUCUCCUGGGUAGGCUGUUUGAGAAGGUGGGAGGGUUCCCAGUUCCUGUUGUUCUUGGCACCUGAAAGAUUCUUCACUUUGGGAGCAGCUUCCAUUUUCUCUGAAAGUGGGGUCAGGAUUAAUGCAGAGGACAGCAGUGAGAAUGUAUUUAUGACCAUUUUAUUCAUUUUAGGGUUUUCCAGAGACCAUGUAACUAGUCUUCAAAAAUAAAAAUAUUGCUGACUUUAAAUGUUUGUAAGAUAGGAACCUGUCUGGGAGAGAUAAUGCACUCCUGUAAUCCCAGUAUUUGGGAGCCUGAGACAGGAGGACACUAUGAGUUCAAGGCCAGCCUGGGCUACAUAGAGUUCAAGUCUAGCCUAAACCACAUAGCAAGAUCCUGUCUGAGUGUGUGAUAGGAACCUGAAUUCCACUGUUUGGCCCCGUAUCACCUUUGUAGGCUUUGUGCCUGUCUCCCCAGCGUGGGCCUGGAAGGCAUUGAGAAUAACCAGGUAUUAACUUUUGUUAUUUUAACAAAUACAUGCUGCUGGCUGGCUCUGUACAUAGACUGUUUCUGUCUCCAGCGGCCACUGCAGAAGACAUGAAGUGUUACUCCCUUUUACAGAGAAGACUCAGGCUUAGAGAAGUAAAGUAACCUCUCCAAAAUUAUACAGCCAGUAAGCCAUAGAAAAAGAGAUUCAAUUCCUUGCUGUCUGAUUGGACAGCCUGGCUCUAGGUCACCACCAUUGCCAGACUGUCAUUGGGUUAGGAGGAACAAGUUAUGCAGAAAAGACUAAGAUUGUACAUAUAUCAACUCCCCAGAUGACUGUAUUCAUUAUAUAUCCAAACACACACUAAUAAAAUAUGGACUUCUAGGCCCUUCCUGGCAUCUCAGGUGAGAGAAUUCUACCCCUUUAUUGUAAGAUACAAAUACAAGUUUUUCAGUCUUUGCUUCAUUAUUCCAUGAGUGUUGUGUGGCCUCAGCCAAGUUACUUACCUUUUCAUCUUCAGCCCUCUCAUGAAAACAGAGCUGAAGAAAGAUUCUAGCUGGGCAUGGUAGCACAUGCCUGUAAUCCCAGCACUUUGGAAGGCCAAGUUAGCAGGAUCACAAAUAUAAGCCCAGCCUGAGUAAUUAGCUGACACUGUGUCAAAAUUUAAUAAAGGCCAGGGUGGUAGAUCAGUGCAAAGGCUCUGGGGUCUUUAGUACAAAAAAAAAAAAAUAGAAAAGGAAAAAACCAAAAUGAAAGCUGGCUUUGUGGCCUAUAGCUGGGUGAGUAGUUUUUUUUUCAACUUCCUCAUCUAUAAAACAGGAAUAGUUCCUGUUUUUGUUGUGAGAAUUAAAUGAGUUAAUGUUUGUAGAAUACUUAGAACACUGGCUGGCACACAGUAACUACUAAUAUAGAUGUUAAAUUUUAAAAAAUUGGCCAGGUAUGGCGGUACUUACCUGUAAUGCCAAUAUUUGAGAGGCAGAGGCAGGAGGAUCAUUAAUUAGUUUGAGG